CCAGCUUGGUACUCGAAGAAGAGGGCUUGCUCCAUCUGAUGAUUUUGGGCCGUAGACUUAUAAGAUAUCGUGAGAGUAUAUAAUCCCUAGAAGGACAACCACCCAGAGGAAGGAGCAAGAUCAAGAAGUCAGUAAGCACGGUGAAUUAAGAGCUACUCCGUACUAAUUAGAGGUCUCCCCUGUUUGUAGGUCAUAUUCUGAACAAUGACAAAGAAUAUAUCAAGUUUUUGGGGCCAUGUGACUUCUAAAGAAUGGUGUGAACCAAACUAUGUCUACUCAUCUUAUAUUGCAGAGUUUUUCAAUACCGUCUCAAAUACCCCAUGCAUUAUUUUGGCUCUCAUUGGCCUUGUGAAUGCCUUACACCAUCGAUUUGAAAAAAGGUUUAGCGUCCUCCACAUAUCAAACAUGAUUCUUUCCAUAGGAAGCAUGUUUUAUCAUGCAUCGUUGCAACGAAUGUUCGCUUUGCGAUUGUCUUCAAGGUGCACUAUGCAUUACUCUGCCUUCUUUGCAUUCCUUGGGCGUACAAAUAUUACAUUCACACAAAAGACACGUUAGCUAAGCAUCUCGCCAAAGUGUAUGUGGCCACUUUACUGGUUGGGACCACAUGCUUUUUAUUAGAUGGCAUGUUUUGCAAGGAUAUCUCGACAUGGCCCUUCAAUCCACAGGGUCAUGCAAUGUGGCACGUGAUGAUGGGGUUCAACUCAUAUUUUGCCAACACAUUUAUGAUGUAUUGUCUUGCUCAGCAACGGGGAUGGGAUCCAAUCGUCAAAUACUUUUUGGGUUUACUCCCCUAUGUGAAGAUUCAAAAGCCAAAAGAUCAAUAGUUCAAUUGCCAUCAAGAGCACAAACUUAGAAUGAUAUAUAAUUAUAUAGUCAUAGUUUUUUUUGACAUCAGUCUGAUGUAAAUGAAAUUCAGUCUGAUGUAAAUGAAAUUCAGUCUGAAUCACUUGUUCGCUUUGGACAACCUCAUACGCAAAACAAGUCAAAUGUUUGUGAAACCCUUGAUGAGGUCGUCUAUACUCCCAAUUAGCAAUUGUUCUAAGUUAGUUUGUUAGGAAAUAUCUGGAUGAAAUGACUUCAUGACUUCAUUGUUCCCUAUAACGUACAAGCUAGAGUUUUUUGGAUUCAAGCCUUUAAGGGAACUUGACUUUUCUGGAAACUGGACACAUUCCAUUUUACAUCGAAUGCAAUGGCUGCAACAAAACAGUUAACUCAGUUGAAGGUGUUCAUUUUCAAUGUUUGCAUUGUGGUAACAAAAAUAGGGUCACCUCAAAGAGGUUUGGGUUAGGUGUUAAUAUUUAUGAUGCUACCAGUGUGCUAGACACCACUCUAUUCACCAAUGAAGUGUUUAAGUUGUUGCGUGUGCUUCAAAUCUAUGAGACUCCGGAUCGUAUUGACUGCGGCCAAUUGAUUAUAAAGUCAAAGCCCUCACUUUCACAAUUGCACUUAAACUAGGACGUUCAAAUGCACACUCCAAGGGUAGGAAAAAUUCCUCUGUGCUUGUCUUUCUUCGCCUGCAGAUAUUCCUACAAACAGUGGUUCUCUAAACAACGUUGUUCCAGAUAAAGGGAUUACAAGUUCCCAAGAAGCUAAGACGAAGCUCUUCGUGGAGGAAAACAACGAAUCGCAACGCCAGGAAGCACAAUUUCAGGACAUUCAAUCUGUUUCAGCAACCUUUGCCAAAAACAACGGAAAGAAACACAAAAAUGUUAGGUUCUUGUAAAGAUAUGUCAAGGUUAUUUAUGAAUAAUUGUUAGUGUAUUUCAAGACUUAUAAGUAUGAUCCAUAUUAACUAUUUAGGAUGUCUAUUACAAAUUACAAUAAAUAAGAAAGGUUGCAUGUAUGACCUUUACAU